CAGUGAGAGCGGAGUGGAGCCGGUUUCUGUCGCCCGCUCCCGGCCGGACGCGGCUCUCCCGGCCCUGCACCCGCACCGCGCCCGCCGCCGCCCGGGGCGCUUCCUCCGCGGGCGCCCGGCUCGCAGCGCCGCCCCUUGCCCGCUAUGUGAAGCGGUGGCCGCCCCGGGAGCAGGCGCCGCCAUUUUGGAUGCGGCGGACUGUCAGGAUGGUGGAUAAGAAUGUUUACAUUGUCCAAGGUGAAAUCAAUACAGUGGUGGGUGCCAUAAAGCGCAAUGCCCGAUGGAGCACCCAUACUCAUUUGGAUGAAGAACGGGAUCCCCUGCUGCACAGCUUUAGCCUCUUGAAAGAAGUCCUAAAUAAUAUAACAGAGCUUACAGAAAUUGAGCCCAAUGUCUUUCUCCGACCCUUUCUGGAGGUCAUCCGGUCUGAGGACACUACAGGUCCCAUUACUGGGUUAGCCCUGACGUCUGUGAACAAGUUCCUCUCAUAUGCACUAAUAGAUCCCAGCCAUGAGGGCACAGCUGAGGGAAUGGAGAACAUGGCGGAUGCUGUCACGCAUGCCCGAUUUGUGGGCACUGAUCCUGCGAGUGAUGAGGUUGUCUUGAUGAAAAUCCUGCAGGUUUUGAGGACCCUGUUGCUCACUCCAGUAGGAGCCCACCUCACUAAUGAAUCGGUGUGUGAGAUCAUGCAGUCCUGUUUCCGUAUAUGUUUUGAAAUGAGGCUCAGUGAGUUAUUGAGAAAAUCUGCAGAGCACACUCUGGUCGACAUGGUGCAGCUGCUCUUCACAAGAUUGCCUCAGUUUAAGGAAGAGCCUAAAAGCUACAUGGGGACUAACAUGAAGAAGUUGAAAAUGAGAGCAGGAGGAAUGAGUGAUUCAUCGAAAUGGAAAAAGCAGAAGAGAUCACCAAGGCCUCCUCGCCAUGUAACCAAGGUCUUUCCAGGAACAGAACCACCAACCACCAAUGGUAGUAACAUCACAGCAGCUGGAGUUACUUUCAUUGAUGCUCCUUCUCCCAUCUCUUCUGGAAGUUCAGAAAAUACCUCAUCUGCCAUCAGCCCUGCUACAGACAGUGGCAUGGAGUUAUCUUCCCAGGCCACGUCCAAGGAAGACCUUACAGAUUUAGACCAGGUCAGCCCUUUGGGACUUAGCACCGCCAUGCCUUUGGGUGAUCCCAAGGCCAUUGAUCUUCUACCCCAGACUGAACCCCAGGAUGAAAGUCUCAGGGUGGAGAAGACCCAAUCGGCCUCUGUGGAAUCCAUCCCUGAGGUACUAGAGGAGUGCACCUCUGUGGCAGAACACUCUGACUCUGCCUCUGUUCAUGACAUGGACUACGUCAAUCCCCGAGGCGUACGUUUUACACAGUCCUCCCAGAAGGAAGGAACAGCACUGGUCCCCUAUGGUCUGCCUUGUAUCCGUGAGCUCUUCCGCUUCCUUAUCUCCCUAACCAACCCUCAUGACCGCCAUAACUCGGAGGUGAUGAUCCACAUGGGGUUGCAUCUGCUCACUGUUGCUCUGGAGUCAGCUCCUGUGGCAAACUGUCAAUCUCUUCUGGGACUUGUGAAGGAAGAAUUAUGUCGGCACCUGUUUCAACUGCUGAGUGUGGAAAGGCUGAAUCUGUAUGCAGCCUCCUUAAGGGUAUGCUUCCUUCUCUUUGAGAGCAUGCGGGAACAUCUGAAGUUCCAACUAGAGAUGUACAUAAAGAAGCUGAUGGACAUGAUCACUGUGGAGAACCCCAAGAUGCCCUAUGAAGUGAAGGAGAUGGCCCUGGAGGCUGUUGUUCAGCUGUGGAGAAUCCCCAGUUUUGUCACCGAGCUCUAUAUAAACUAUGACUGUGACUACUACUGCUCUAACCUCUUUGAGGACCUCACUAAGCUACUCUCCAAGAAUGCCUUUCCAGUUUCCGGACAGCUUUACACAACCCACCUGUUGUCUCUCGAAGCAUUGCUGACAGUGAUUGAUAGCACUGAAGCACACUGCCAGGCCAAAGUGCUGAGCAGCAUCCACCAGCAGGAGGAGGUGGCCAAACCCAGUGCAGAAACUGCCAUUAGCACCAAAGACCUAUGCAAUAACAAUGACAGAUUGCCAAAUGAAGGGAAACCCCCCAGCACAGCCAACGAGCCAUCCGGGGCCUGUCCACCUACCAGCGGGUGCCUUAUGGCUGACCAAAUGAAGCAGGGCUGUCUGGAUUUGGAGGGAGGAAGUGAUGCAGCUGAGAAGAAUGUCUCGAGGAAGCCUACUCGCUUUUCCUGUCUCCUGCCAAGCCCUCAAGAACUGAUGGAAAUUAAGACCAAAAAGAAGCUCCUGAUAACUGGCACGGAACAGUUCAACCAGAAGCCAAAGAAAGGAAUACAGUUCCUGCAGGAGAAAAACCUUCUGGCUACCCCCAUGGACAACAAUGAGGUGGCCAAGUGGCUGCGGGAAAAUCCUCGGCUGGACAAGAAAAUGAUUGGGGAAUUUGUGAGUGACCGCAAGAACAUAGACUUACUGGAGAGCUUUGUGGGGACUUUCAGUUUCCAAGGUUUAAGACUGGAUGAAGCAUUACGACUUUACCUAGAAGCCUUCCGGUUACCAGGAGAGGCACCUGUGAUCCAGAGACUAUUGGAAGCCUUCACAGAACAUUGGCGGAAAUCAAAUGGUUCCCCAUUUGCUAAUAGUGAUGCCUGCUUUGCACUGGCCUAUGCAGUUAUUAUGCUGAACACUGACCAGCACAACCAUAAUGUCCGCAAGCAGAAUGUCCCAAUGACCCUGGAGGAAUUCCGGAAGAACCUGAAGGGGGUGAAUGGAGGAAAAGACUUUGAGCAGGACAUUCUGGAAGACAUGUAUCAUGCCAUCAAAAAUGAUGAGAUAGUGAUGCCAGAUGAGCAGACAGGCCUGGUGAAGGAAAACUACGUAUGGAAUGUGUUAUUGCAUCGUGGUGCCACUGAGGAAGGCAUCUUCCUACACGUGCUUACUGGCAGCUAUGAUCACGAUCUCUUCACCAUGACCUGGGGCCCCACCAUUGCAGCCCUUUCUUAUGUUUUUGACAAGAGCUUAGAGGAAACAAUCAUCCAGAAGGCUAUCUUUGGCUUCAGGAAAUGUGCAAUGAUUUCUGCUCACUAUGGCCUGAGUGAUGUGUUUGACAAUCUCAUAAUUUCUCUCUGCAAGUUUACAGCUCUCAGCAGUGAGUCUAUAGAAAAUCUACCCGCUGUUUUUGGAAGUAAUGCCAAGGCCCACAUUGCAGCAAAGACUGUGUUUCACUUGGCUCACCGCCACGGUGAUAUUUUGCGGGAAGGCUGGAAAAACAUCAUGGAGGCCAUGCUGCAGCUUUUCCGAGCAGAGCUGCUGCCCAAGGCCAUGGUGGAGGUUGAAGACUUUGUGGAUCCCAAUGGCAAAAUCUCUUUACAGCGUGAGGAGACACCAUCUAACCGCGGCGAGUCCACAGUUCUGAGUUUUGUUAGCUGGCUCACCCUCAGUGGUACAGAACAAUCUGGCAUAAGGGGGCCAUCUACAGAGAACCAGGAAGCGAAGCGAAUGGCUCUGGAAUGUAUCAAGCAAUGUGACCCUGAGAAGCUGAUCACUGAGAGCAAGUUCCUUCAACUUGAGUCCCUGCAGGAGCUCGUGAAGGCUCUGAUCUCUGUGACACCUGAUGAGGAGACAUAUGAUGAGGAGGAUGCUGCCUUCUGCUUAGAGAUGCUCCUGAGAAUUGUGCUGGAGAACAGGGAUCGUGUGACCUGUGUCUGGCAGACAGUGCGAGACCACCUCUACCACCUGUGUGUCAAUGCUGUGGAGUUCUGCUUCCUUGUUGAGAGAGCAGUAGUGGGGCUGCUGAGGCUGGCUAUACGGCUCCUACGCCGAGAGGAGAUCAGUGCACAGGUUCUCCUUUCACUACGUAUCCUGUUGAUGAUGAAAGCCAAUGUGCUGUCCAAAGUUAGCCACCAGGUUGCCUAUGGUCUCCAUGAGCUCCUGAAAACCAACGCUGCUAACAUUCACUCUGGGAAUGACUGGUACACACUCUUCACCCUCUUGGAGUGUAUCGGGUCAGGGGUGAAGCCGCCCCCAGCCCUGCAGGUUACCACAAGGGCAGAUAAUGACACAGGUGCUCAGUCUGACAGCGAGAUCUCCUCCUCCUACCAUCUAAGUGAUGUGAAUCUGGACCGGGGCUACACUUCUGAUUCAGAGGUAUACACAGAUCACAACAAACAAGGCAAGAUGCACCGCUCAGUGACUGAUGUGGACAUGGUGAACAGUGGCUGGCUGGUGGUGGGGAAGGAUGACAUUGACAGUCCCAAAUCUGCCACAGUGCUCAACAGGCAGGGCCCAUCUCCUCUUGUGAACCAGUACAGCCUGACUGUGGGACUGGACCUUGGCCCACAUGACACAAAAUCUCUCAUGAAAUGCGUGGAGUCCUUGUCGUUCAUCGUGCGAGAUGCUGCCCAUGUCACACCAGAGAACUUCGAGCUCUGUGUCAAAACCAUCCGCAUCUUUGUGGAGGCAAGCUUGAAUGGAGGGUACAAAUCCCAGGAGAAGCGGGGUAAGAGCCAUAAAUAUGAUAGCAAAUCCAGUCGGUUCAAGAAGAAGCCAAAAGAAAACUCUACACGGCGUUCACGGGUCUCAAGCCAGCACCAGUCUCAUGCCCAUAGUGAUGAGGAGGAGGAUGAGAGCAUCCCUGCCAGCUACCACACUGUGUCUUUACAGGUUAGUCAGGACUUACUGGAUCUCAUGCACACCCUGCACACCCGAGCAGCCACCAUCUACAGCUCCUGGGCAGAGGAGCAGCGCCAUCUAGAGGCUGCAGGGAAGAAAAUUAAAGCCGACUCCCGCACACUCUGGUCCAACUGCUGGUGUCCCUUGCUCCAGGGUAUCGCUUGGCUGUGCUGUGAUGCCCGGCGCCAAGUGCGGAUGCAGGCACUCACCUACUUGCAGCGAGCUCUUCUGGUUCAUGACCUGCAGGCCCUGGAUGCUCUUGAAUGGGAGUCCUGUUUCAAUAAGGUACUGUUUCCUUUGCUGACAAAGCUCCUGGAGAACAUCAGCCCAGCUGACAUUGGUGGGAUGGAGGAGACUAGGAUGAGAGCCUCAACGCUGCUCUCCAAGGUGUUCUUGCAGCAUCUCUCCCCACUCCUCUCACUGACAACAUUUGCUGCCCUGUGGCUGACGAUCCUGGACUUCAUGGACAAGUACAUGCAUGCUGGCUCUAGUGACUUGCUGCUGGAGGCCAUCCCAGAAUCUCUGAAGAACAUGCUGCUUGUGAUGGACACAGCUGGAAUAUUCCAUAGUGCUGAUUCGCGGACUGGGUACUCUGAUCUCUGGGAGAUCACCUGGGAGCGCAUCGACUGCUUCCUGCCUAGGCUGCGGGAUGAGCUCUUCAAGCAGACAGUCAUCCAAGACCCUAUCCCCAAUGUGUCAGCAGAGCAACAUCCUCAGAAGCCAGUGGCCCCUGCUGUACCUGUUUCACCUGUGGGGGAUGCAAGACCAGCUGCUCACCCAGCACCCUCAGAGAAGCCCUCUGAGCUGGGGGCCAGUGAUUCUGAGAGAGUCCCAGGACCACCCACUAUUGGCACCCCUGGGUCCCCUUCUUUCUCUACACCGGUAUCAGUGAAGACAACCCCUGUCACAGACAUACCACCUUCUACAGCACAGCCACCACUCAUCCUGCAACCUCUGGCCUCCCCGCUACAGGUUGGCGUGCCGCCGAUGUCUCUGCCAAUCAUUCUGAACCCAGCCCUAAUAGAGGCCACUUCUCCUGUUCCUCUCCUGGCAACUCCACGACCUAGUGACCCCAUGACAACCUCCGAAGUCAACUAGGCUGAAGGCAUGCAAGAACUGUUGGCUGAAGAAGGCUUGCAGGUGCAGGGUGCUGGCCAAACAUUCCCUGGUAGUUGCCAUAUUUGCUGUAGAAGAUGUCUGAGUGGAAGGGUGGCAAGGCAGCUGCUAACACCUUCCCGGCCCAUGUCAGGCUCUGCUCCCUUCUUGUGGCUGUGCCCAGGAGUCCCUGGCUCUCUUUCUUUAGAGGUUCAUCGCUGUUGCUGCCCAAUCUCCUUUCUGCCUUUGUAGUUUCAGGGGCUAGGCAGAACUUACUCCCAGCCGCCAGGGACCAAGCAGUUGAAGAUGGUAGCUCUCCACUGGGAGAGCACAGGGGCAAGUUCUCUGAUUAUUCAGUGCAGCAGGGUCCCAAGACAGUUCUCUGCUGGUUUUCCUGUCCAUGUGUCUUGGCACACUGCCUGGCUGACCCCUGGGCAUACCCAGCAGGGCAGGGUUGUGACUUUCAUUUCUCUGCUCAGAAAUGUACAGCACCCACCCUGUGCCUCUCAAUUUGUUGCCUAUGAGGUGCAGGCUGCCUCAGCGGGCUGUGGAGUACAGUGCAUCACUGCACUCCCCCAGAACAAGUGGGCAAGUCUGGCAAGACCCGUGAGGAAGGAGCCACCCUACGUAAUACAUAGCCAGAUCUUUCUGGGUGGACAUCUCUGGGUGGGCAGACUAGGUAGAAGCCAGUGCAAAAAACAAGCGGUUGAGGGCAGGACCCCAGAGAUGUCCCUUCCAAAGUAGCUGCGGCAAAGCUACUUCCCCUGUGUUCAAAUGGCUUUUGAUCCAAGCACCACUAGGUGCUGCCUCCUCCAGCCAUCUAGGGCUGCAUGGUCCUUCAUAGUUUUCAAGAGGACCUGGGAAAUGACUGGCACUUGGUGCUAGCUCUGAGCACCUCUACUGUGCUGUGGUGGCCUUGCUGCUGGGAGCUCCCCCAGAGACUACACCCCAUUGCAAAUUCUAGUUGUAGGAAGUCAGGGCGCACAGUUUUCCCUCCUUCCCUGCCCUGCAGUCUUGGAGCAGAGCCCUUGGUAGUGUGUUUCACUUCGCUUCUUCCCUGCACCAAGGAUGCCAAUACCCUUCUCUGCCAUCCCCUCUGGCCCGAAGCAGAGCCAGCUGGUUGGAACAUACCAUAUCUCAGUUCUUCCUAUUUUCUGAAUUAGUUUUAUAAAUUCUUCAUGCUGAUUGCAGAAACCCCAUUGGCAACUGGGGGAAACUCCAAUCUGGCUUGUACUGUAUUGUCAGGAAACCCAGACCGAGCAGGUGGGAGAGCUGCAAAGGGCAGAUGAUGUAUAUAGAGAAUAAAUGACUACAAAUCCAAUGGACUUUUUACUAUGUAAUAAAUGUCCUGUAAAUGAA